CCAGUCAGACCACAACAACACGGACACGCCGCAGCCGCCAUUAUUUUCGACUACCAUCGCCCGCCGAUGCCAUAUCGCCAGUCGCCACUCAGUGUGUUGGAUUUUUUUGAAAAAUUUUUGUUCUACUGAGCCGCUGUAUAUCUCUGGACAUUUAAAAUGACAACCGAAUGGAAAUACGAAGUUAACGAUUUGGUUUGGGCCAAGAUGAAGGGCUUUCCGCCGUGGCCAGGACGUGUAAGUGAGCCAACUAUCCAGCUUAAUAAAAAACCGAAAAAGAAUUGCAAAUGUAUUUUCUUCUAUGGAACUAAUAAUUAUGCUUGGAUUGAAUUGGGAUGUUUAAAACCUUACUUUCAAUUUAAAGAUACUUUAAGCUAUAGUUGUAAGACUGUGCAUUUCAAAGAAGCUUGUAAGGCUAUUGAACAAUACAUAACGGAGAAUGAUACCAACGAAGGAGUUAAUAAUGGAUUAUCUGAAGCUGAGUCACGAUUUGAAAAUUUAGUUCAAAAUGAAACUCCUACCUUUCAACCCGAGAAAACUAAAACGUCCAACAUUCGUAACGCAUCAAUGCCAAGCCCCGAAAAAGCCAAGAAGAGACGUUCCAAACCGGUUGAAUCUACCUCUAAUGGGCCUAAGAAGGAUAAACCUAAAAAACCCCGUUUAAACUCAAAAGUGGGACAAUCUAGUAACAACACUGAUAUACUUACAAAUCUUGGAUUAACAAAUAGCCAUACAAGUCCACUUCGAAAGAAUAAUACUUUAUUAGACAGACCUGAAGUUAAAACUCCGGAAAUUGCCCAGUUAGAUAUUUCAACUAUAUCUAAAUCAUUAAUGAACAAGAAUAUCUUACCGUCAAAGUUGAAAUUUGGAUUCAUUGGUUUGGGCAAUAUGGGUUCAGGAAUUGUUAAAAACCUAUUGAAUUCUGGACAUAAAGUGAUCGUUUGGAAUAGAACACCAGAUAAGUGUCAAAAGUUUCAAGAUGCUGGAGCCACAGUUGCAUUAACUCCAUCUGAUGUUAUAGGAGGAGCAGAUAUAACAUUUUCAUGUGUUUCUGAUCCACAAGUUGCUAAAGACAUGGUAUUUGGAAAUUGUGGUGUACUCCCUGAAAUAAAUAGAGAAAAAGGAUUUGUUGAAAUGACUGGUAUUGAUCCAGAAACAUCUCAAGACAUUUGUGAGGCUAUUUUGAGUAGAGGAGGCCGUUAUUUAGAAGCUAUGAUUCAGGGAAGUAAAAAGGAUGCCGAAGAAGGGAAUUUAGUUUGUAUGGCAGCUGGCGAUCAGAGUUUGUUCAAUGAUUGUAAAUCAUCAUUUUGUGCGAUUUCUACCAAUUCAUUUUAUCUAGGUGACGUUGGAGCAGCCACUAAAAUGAAUUUGAUUUUACAUUCAAUCAAAGCAGUAGCUCUAGCUGGAUUAGCUGAAGGUAUGGCUCUGGCAGAUAGAGCUAAUGUACCACAAAAAGAUAUGUUAGAAAUUCUAGAAAUGACUUCAUUAAGAUGUCCAUUGUUAAUAGAAAAAGGAAAAGCUAUGAUGGACAAUAAUUUUCAAACAAAUCAAGCUCUAAAACAUAUUCAAAAGGACUUAAAUUUAUCAUUAGUCUGGUCCGAUGUUUUGGAACAACCUUGUCCAGUCAUGGCAAAUGUAAAUGAAGUAUUUAAACAUGCAAAACGUUUGGGUUAUAGUGAUCAUGAUACAAGUGCUGUGUAUAUCCGAACUAAAUUUUGAUUUAUAGACCUUAUUUCAUAAUCUUAAUUUUUUCCUCUUUUUUUUUUUUUUUUUUUUUUUUUUUUUUUUUUUUUUUUAUUAAUGACAUUUAGCUGAUGAAUUUUUUCACAUAACAAAUUUUUGUGUUGGAAAUAUAGAUGAAUAAUAACUAUUAUUUUUACUUAAAAAAAGAAAAAAAAAUUGUAAAUAAUUAGAAUUGUGAAUAUUUGCAUCCAUCCCAUUUCUCUUAUAUUAUAAAUG